GGUGCCAUUGCAUCAAUCCUGGUUUCCCUCUGCGUCAGGUGACCUGGGGACGGCGGGUUUGAGGAGAUCUGAUGACACAACCGCCCCUUCCUGGUAGGGAGCGAAUUAAGAGCGGCACGUUCCUCUUCCUCUUUCACUUCAUUCCUGCACAGAGGCACGGAGGAGUCGUCGCUCGCCCGGGACAAGACUGCACGAGGUGACAGCGGGAGCCAUGAGCCUGUGGUGUGUGACGGUGGCGCUGCUGGGUCUCCUCACCCCAGCGUUGAGCACCGACCCAGGAGUCAUUGUGCAGCUCACACAGCAAGGCCUGGAAUAUGGCCGACAGAUUGGGAUCGCAUCCCUGCAACAGAAGCUGAAUUCCAUCAAGAUCCCAGACAUCUCUGGAUCAGAGGACGUUUCUCCCAUCGGCAAAGUGGAGUACAGCCUUUCACAGAUGCACAUCACAAACUUGGGUCUCCCGGCCUCCUCCCUGGGUCUCGUACCUGGCAGCGGACUCAGCCUGUCCAUCAGCGACGCCUUCAUCAGCCUCAAUGGCCACUGGCACGUCAAGUACUUGAAGUUCAUAAAGGACAGCGGCUCCUUCGACCUGACCGUGAGCGGCCUGACCAUCUCCGUCACGAUGGGAGUGAACAGCGACGAGACGGGUCGACCCACCGUGAGCAGCUCCAACUGCGCAGCCAGCGUGGGCCACGUGAGCAUCGAGUUCCACGGAGGUGCCAGCUGGCUCUACAACCUCUUCAGCAGCUUUAUUGAAAACGCCCUGCGCAGCGCCAUCCAGAACCAGAUCUGCCCCCUGGUGCACGAUGCCAUAUCAGACAUCAAUCCUCAUCUGAAAACUAUGAAUGUGCUGGCACAGGUGGACAAGUAUGCGGAGAUUGAGUACUCCUUGGUUACGUCUCCCGUCGUUUCAAAUACCUUUAUUCAGUUCAGUUUAAAGGGUGAGUUUUACAAAAUUGGCCAGCACCAGGAGCCGCCGUUCUCCGCACCACCGUUUUCCCUGCCUCAAACCAACGGCAGCAUGCUGUACCUGGGCCUGUCCUCCUUCAUCGCCAACUCGGCAGGUUUCGUCUACCAUAACGCCGGUGUUCUGGGCCUCUACGUCACAGACGAUAUGAUACCCUCAAGCUCACCGCUACGCUUGAACACCAAGACAUUCGGGGCCUUCAUCCCAGAGAUAGCCAAGCGCUUUCCCAACAUGAUGAUGAAGCUCCUGGUGAAAACACUGGAGCCACCGAGGAUCACCUUCGAACCCAACAACGUGACUCUGCAGGCCAACGGGACUGUGACAGCCUACGCCAUUCUGCCCAAUAACACCCUGGAGGCUCUUUUCAUCCUCAACCUGGAAGCCAGUGUCAGUGCUGAACUCCACGUGUCUGGACUGAACAUCGCUGGAUCUGUAACACUCAACAGAAUCAGUAUGACUCUGGGAACUAGCUAUGUGGGCCAGUUUCAGGUGAUGCCCCUGAACAACAUCUUCACCAUGAUCCUCAAAGUGGUUGUGAUACCGAAAGUUAACGAAAAGCUGCAGCAGGGCUACCCACUACCUGCCAUCAGCCACAUGAACCUUGUCAACACGCAGCUAAAAGUCCUCAAGGACUAUAUUCUUGUUGGGACAGACGUUCACUUCACUCAGUAAGCAUCUUAUCGGAGUCUCACUAUUAUGGUGGUUUUUUCUUCAAAUCUCAAAGAAAUAUGUAGCUUUUCUAUAAAUGUUUUUUCAAAUCAAAUGAUACAUCGCCAAAGAUAUGUAUAUCUUGCAUUUUAUAGAUUUUUUUUUUCUACAAUUGAUCUUUGAAAAUGAUUGAAAGAAUUAAUUCUCUUUUAAUACAUUUAUUAAUAAGUGGAAGUGAGUGCUCUGGGCUCUUUUUAAAUAAAAUGAACACCACUGAUCCAGCCAUCUUCUUCUAUAUGUUCUAAGCUUUGAAAUGAGGAAUACUGUCCUUUCACGUCUUGUAGAAUUUAUGGCAGCUUCAGUAUCAGAAUAUUUAGUUCCACCACAUGAUCU